UUAUGACUUGCUAGGAGCACAGUAAGGAAACACCGACUAGAAAACCAGUCUCCUCCGAGAUUGGGGAUAUUCAGAGGAGCAAAGGAUUCGCCGCACAGCCACCGUCACCGCCGUAAUCGUCGCCGUUUCAUAGCCGCCGCCGCUGAAUACUUAGAGCAAACAGAUUUGCCAUCAUGUCUUGGUGCACAAUCGAAUCCGAUCCUGGUGUUUUUACAGAACUUAUACAGCAGAUGCAAGUAAAAGGUGUGCAGGUUGAGGAGUUGUAUUCAUUGGACGUUGAUUCUCUCAACAGUCUUAGGCCAGUAUAUGGGUUGAUAUUCCUUUUUAAAUGGCGUCCAGGGGAAAAAGAUGAUCGUCUUGUAAUUAAGGAUCCAAACCCAAACUUGUUUUUUGCCAGCCAGGUUAUUAAUAAUGCAUGUGCAACCCAGGCGAUACUAUCCAUUCUUUUGAACUGUCCAGAUGUUGAUAUUGGUCCGGAAUUGUCAGCAUUGAAAGAAUUCACAAAGAACUUUCCUCCAGAGCUGAAAGGCUUGGCUAUUAACAACAGCGAAGCCAUUCGUACAGCCCAUAACAGUUUUCAGAGACCUGAGCCUUUUGUUCCAGAGGAGCAGAAGGCUGCAGGCAAAGAUGAUGAUGUGUACCAUUUCAUAAGCUAUUUGCCCUUUGAAGGUGUGCUGUAUGAGCUUGAUGGACUGAAGGAGGGGCCCAUUAGCCUUGGGCAGUGUCUGGGUGGGCAAGGUGAUAUGGAUUGGCUACAGAUGGUGCAGCCAGUGAUUCAGGAACGUAUUGAAAGGUAUUCCAAAAGUGAGAUUAGAUUCAACCUCAUGGCCAUCAUAAAGAACCGGAAAGAGCUGUACACUGCUGAACUCAAGGAGCUCCAGAGGAGGAGAGAACGUAUUUUGCAGCAGCUGGCUGCCUUGCAAUCGGAGAGACGGGAUGAUAACAGCAGCAUAGAAGCAUUGAAUAAAUCACUUUCAGAAGUGAAUGCUGGGAUUGAGGGUGCUACCGAGAAGAUUUUAAUGGAGGAGGAGAAAUUUAAGAAGUGGAGAACAGAGAACAUCCGUAGGAAACAUAACUACAUACCUUUCUUGUUUAACUUCCUGAAGAUUCUCGCUGAAAAGAAGCAGUUAAGGCCUCUAAUCGAAAAGGCGAAGCAGAAGACAAGCAACCCUCAAUGAAAAUUGUUCUCUUUUGCCAGGUUAGGAAGAAAGCUGGUUUUUGAAAACUUCUGAUUUUCUAUCCAAUGGAUCUAUCUGACGUUACGACUUGGAAGGAUUUUCGUCCCUUGUCUCUGAAUUUUAAGAUCGCGCAAGGUCAUUACGCGUGUUCUAUGUAUUUCUUUAAUCAUAUUGAGACCCCAUCUGAAACUACUUUUAAGUUAAUAUAGCCUGCUCACAACUUCCGUUAAA